AUGCCCGCCACGGCGUCCCGUGCAGUGCUCCGGCAAUCGCAGUUCCUCGUUCGGAGGACUGCCGUGAGGCACGCCUCCUCCACCUCCGAGAAGGCCGGUGAGGCUGCGCAGUCCGCUGCCUCCAAGGCCUCCGAUGGUCUCUCUCGUGUCUCUUCUGCCGCCGGUCCCGCCCUGUCUGGCGCUGCCCAGUCGCUCAGAAAGAUUGGCGGCCGGACCGGAAAGGUCAUCUCUUUCGUCGACUCAGUCUCCCGUUCUACUUCUCUUGAUAUCGGUCAUUCGAUGAAAGUGAAGGACAUCGGGGUGAUGAAUCUGUUCAUCGGCUCCAUGAUACCCCCCACUCUUUACUACUCGAAAGUCGGCCUUGAGCUGGCCAGACUCGUCUUCCGUGGCCAGAACAUGAGCCCCCCGAACUUGGUCACUUUCCAGUCGUACUUCCAGCCUCUGAUCAACGGCUUCCGCAACCCUGCGACCCUGAAGAACGCCAACUUCGUAUCACCCGGCGACAUCCUGGCCCGUGUCCGCGGCGCCAGCAAGAAGGAGAUCGCCCUGGCGGGUGUGACCGCCGCCGAGGUCAUCGGUUUCUUCACUGUCGGCGAGAUGAUCGGCCGCAUGAACAUUGUCGGCUACCGGGGCCACGCUGAGCACCACGGCGACCACUAA